GGUCGUAAGCAACCAGGAUCUUUAGUUAAAUAUAGAAGUCACUCUCCAUGACAGUAAGGAGUCCAGGACAACAAUGAAGUCUCUCCGAUUCAUUAGCGCCGAAGCAUUUGUAUCAAAUGCAGAGUUUGCCAGGAAGAGUCUCGGGGCUGUUGCCCAUGAUCUUUUUCCGCUUCUUUUUAAAGCCAGCUAUUUACUGGAGCAAGGGGAAGUGAUUCAUGACUUGGUAGAGAACUGGCCACUUUUUGAUUUUAACAUGGGAAAACUUUUGAGAGCUACUCUGGACUACGAGGAAGACCUGAGCCACAGAACAUGUUCAGUGUGCUUGGAAAGCUGUCUGACAGGGCUGAGAGACUAUGUGCUGAAUCAGUCUUCUCCCUACAUGAAAAAGUUGAAAGUGGUCGACCUGACGGGUAUAAAAGAUGUUGAAGUUCAGUUUUGUAAGUGCAAGAAGACAAUGGGCAGGUGGGCCAGGACACAGCUGCUCUCUAAGCUUUGUUCAGACCUCCUGGUUUACCUGCAACAAGCACAGUGCAAUCCAGGUACCUUUGAAGUCAGUAUCAAUGUACUAAUUGACUUGUUUGUUACAGAGCGGAACUAUGAGCUGGUCGUGCAGGCCCUGCUGAAGAAAUGCAGUUGUCCGCUGAAAAUCUGCUGUGUGGCAUUCAGAUUUGACAACCUGACCUUGCAGAAAUUCUUCUAUAUCAUAAAGCUCGCUGAUCCCUCCUUGUUGCGCAAACUGGAAAUAGUUCAUAAUGUUCACUUGGAAAUGGAACACUUGGAAAUGCUCUUCAACAGUAUCCACUUCCCUCUAUUGAUGUCCUUGACCUUGCCAGCACGAACAUUUAAUGUGCGGAGGUUCACAGCUACAGAUGAACAGAUGCUUACUAACAUUGGCGAAAAGAUGGGUGAAAUGACACAGUUUACUGAGCUGAGUGUGUCAUUUUCUAUACUCACUGGAAGAAUACAGAAACUUCUCAGUGGUUUGAUAUUUUGGCUCUCUUGCCCAUUGCAAGCUUGGAAUGCAAGUGAGCCCUGCUAUUCCCUUGGCUGCAUUUCCCCAGAGGUUCUUCCUUGUGCAAAAGAGCCAGUGGCUGCAAGGACUCCCAACUUGCUGCACAGUUCACUGCUGCUGCUUCCCAGCUCUCCCUGUGUCCAAUUCAAGUGCAGGAGCUACAGGCACCCUGCACAUCCAAUGAAAAGUUCCUCAAACAGUGUUUAUUUCCAACACACAUGGGAAUCAUCAGGAAACCCUCUGAAGAAUAAAAUGCCCCAUCUUCCUUGCUGUGCUUUGACUGUAUUAGAAAAAUCACCUACCUUGAAGCGCCCUACUUGAUCCUCCUAUUUCUGGGGCAUCUCUGAACACCUGCACAGAAGCAUGGAGCAGCACCACUCCUUGGCUGAGGGCAGAACUUCUUUUGAAAAAUUUGGCUGGACCCAGCUGCUUUCUUAAUUGUAGAGAGGGGGCCAGUUAACAUGCUGCCUCUUGGGACACAUCUCCUGCAUGGCCUUUCCUGGAUGGGAGCAGCAGAAUAGAGCAGAGGAGCUGAGGAGACCUCAGCUGGCAGCUUGGGUACAUCAUGGUACCACACCUGACCAAAGCUGCAGUGACCUCUGAGGUUGUGGGUUCUUUUGGCUCUUACAGUCAGGAAAGCCUUGAUUUCCCUCCAUAUCCUUUUGUCUGGGAAUUAGGAAUUCUAGUGUACAAAUGUAAGUGUACAAAAGUGUCAGCAAAAGGCAGAGUCGGGGAGGGCUUUGAAGGAUCUUUUAAGUGAAGACAAGAAAUUUGAAAAAAAAACAACUGUAGGAUUUUCUUAAUGUAAUGAGAUGGUGGGGGUGCCUGGCAUUGAUGGCAAAAGUAUUUAUUGUGAAUUGAGUUAAUAGAGGAUGUGACAGAAUGAGAACUCUAGCUGCAUGGACAGUCAUACCUCAGGCAAGGGGAGAGGAAGGCAUGAAAAUGAUCAACACUGAUUUGUGAGCUUAAAGAUGAGCUUAAAUUUGUGAGUGGCAUUUUGGAAUCUGAAAUUGCCACUUUUACAUCAUAUCUGUCCUGUUGUUACCUGUAUUAUUAAAAGAGAUGGUUUUAUAAGUAAUUGUUUAAUCACUGUAUAUGAUUAAUUCUGCUGUUUCUUUGCAGGAGACUGCUGGAAUGGCAGUUCAGUCUGCUACCAGGGCGUGUCUCUCCCUAGUACAGCAUGGCAUCCUUUCUGCUGUGACCCACAUCCUCUCCCUGCCGAUAAUUACUUUCUCUUAUCUGGUGAAGAAAAUUCUCUUCAAAGGAUUCCUUUGAUUAAGGAAAUUCAUUAAUAUGAUGUCUAGAGAAUAUUAAUGCUUUCCUGCUUAAUUCUUCUCACUUACUGUUUGAACAGCACAUUAUUCCAUAGUUUCUUACGAUCAGCAUCUUUGGAGUUUAAUAGAAGCUCUACUAUCAAUCAAUUAACAUUUUUUAUGUUCCAGAAAAAAAAUUUGAGAAAAGUAAAUCUCUGUGUUAUUAUUUCAGAAAACAUCCCUGCCCAUCAAUUACACAUACGGAUUUAAUGUAAAUCCCUGUGAGUAUUUACCUGAAGAAAAUUCUCCCACUUGGGAUUUCUGAGCUCAUCUCGCAAACUGUCAUAUUCAUGCUCAGCAAAACGGAUAAAUUAAAGAAAUGUUCAGGAAAUUAAGGUCCUUUUGACGCUACGAGCAGCAGCUAAAAGUGUGAUUGUUAAUAGUUUCCACCAGAUGGCUCCCGAGGCUCAGAGGUGACGCAGGGCCAAGCACACAGACAGGAUUUGGUUCAUGACCAGCGAUUCCAUCAUGUCAUAAACCACUCCUGCAAAGAGCAACAGAGUUGUAACUUUAGCCUAGACCCCAUCGACGAUCAGCAUCACCACAGGGAACAUGUGCAUCAAGAACAGUGUUCUAUAAUGUGCCUGUGAGCACACAUGCAGGGAACAAAUGAAAAAACAUGGUGACCAGCAAUGAUUAAACCAAUUCAAUGGUUCCUUAAAGUAAUUUCUUUCAACAAGCUCUGAUCAGAUCUAUUGUUAUCUCAAUCCUCCGGGUACUACCGAAAAUGUCUGUUGGGGUUUAAUCCCAGCCAGCAAGAGCCAUGUAGCUGCCACCUUGCUACCCUCACCCCAGUGGAAAGAGAAUUGGAAAGAAGAGACAAAGCUCCUGGAUUGAGAUGAGAACAGUUUAAUAGCUCAAACAAAAUAAAAUAUGCUACUACUUCAACUGACAAUUGUAAUUGAAAAGAGAGACAAGGAGCAAUAAAACCCAAUAGAAACAAGUGAUGCACAGCACUAUUGCUCACCACCCACUGACUGAUUCCCAGCCCAUCUGCCAGCAGUGAUCUGCUCCUCCCAGCCAGCUCUCCCAGGUUUAUAUACUGGACACGGUGCCCUGUGGUCUGGAAUACCCAUUUGGCCAGUUCAGGUCAGCUGUCCUGGCCAUGCUUCCUCCCAGGUGCUUGUGCAGCUCCUCACUGGCAGAGCACAGGAACCUGAAAAUCCCCUGGCUCAGGGUAAGCACUGCUGAGCAACAGCUGAGCCAUCGGUGUGUUAUCAACAUCAGUCUCACGCUGAGUUCAAAACAUCACACUGUGCUGGCUAAGAAAAAACUAACUCUAUCCCAGCUGAAAUCAGGACAGAUCCUUUUAUUUAUUUCUUCCAGAAAGGAAGAAAUAUGACAAGGAAUCUGUCAAAGAAAAUUUAUUCCUUUAAGAAAUGAACUUUCUGUCUCAAAUUAUGAACCCAGCUUUUAUCACAAGCUCAGUCACAGACCUUUACUUUAUUCAGAAUUAGAAUAGCAAUGUUCUGAAGAGUAGACAAAAAGUUAACAGUGAUGGUUCUGAUAGAUGAAGAGUUGCGACAUAGGUAUUGUCUUUUAAAAGUAGUUGCCUAAUUUACAGUGUGAACAGGUUUUUGUUUUUAGUUAAAUAUUUAGGAUUCUUUUUCCCCCCCAACAUGCACUUCAGGCACUUUUGGGGAAUUAUAAUUAUGUAAUAUUAUUAUUAUUAUUAUUGUUCUGGGUUAUUCUGUUUGGAGUUGGUUUUGAAUCUCACAUUUAUUUGAAGCUCUAGUGUAUAAUUAAGGCAAAUAACACUCUUGCGAUGGCAGUGCAAAAAAACCCCUACCUUCGAUGUGUUCAGCACUGACUUUACUGAGAACUUGAAAUCUUGGUCUGACUUUUGGGCUGGGGUAGAUUUCAUAUUUUCUGAUAGGCGUCAUUUCCUCUAGUGCAGCAUUGUAAUAUGCCUGCUAAGAUCAAGCAUUGAGUUGCAACUCAGUGGUUGAUAUAGUAGUUGGAAAUGGCACCUGUGCAUGUGGGCCAGUGGUACACUACCUGGUGUGCCUGUCAUCCGCAUACUCAUGUCCUUCGUCUGAUUUAGAAAGCUCUGGAGACAAUGAUAAAGAUAGCUCAUCUUUGGAAUAGUUUAUAUCUGUGUCUACCAACAAAAUAGCUGCCUGUGUCAAUUAAUCUAGAUUAUUUAAAGCACUUCUGUUCAUCUACAUUAUUUUUCACUUCCCUUACAUGGAAAAAUUUACUAUCUAGUAAAUUUGUUACGGGAACUACUGUUAUCUCACUUUCAAAAAAAUCUUUUCUAAAUUUAAAGCAAAAAAAAGUGAUGAUAAGAAGAGAUCCUGAGUAAGAUUUAACUGAUACUUCCAUAAAAUGCAGAUCAUUCUACUAUUAGAGUCAAAAAUAGUGAAAGAUGUUCACAGCAAUUCAAUUAAAUAUGAAGGGCUACAUAUUCUGUAAAGUGAAAUUUUUGAUGAACAAAGCCUUUCAUAAAAAGUAGACAUUUGAAAAGAUAUUUCCUUUCUUUUAUCACUUUUACUUUCGUUUGAGAAUUGAUAUUAUUUCACGUUAACUAAUGCAUAAAUACACACUUUUCUUAAUAAUAGGUAUUUCCUUAACAUUUAUUUUGGUUGUCUAUGAAUCAGAGAUUGAGCACACCAGUCCCAGCACUACACUGCUGUUUGAUAUAGGGCAAAUCUAGUGAGUGCUACCAGGAUAGCUCUGUAACCCACUGUUCCCACCUGUGUCCUGUUCUUAUUUUUGUGCUGCCCCAGAUGUUUGAGAAACAUCAUUUUUGCAAAUGAGAGCUAUGGUCACUUGUCAUGCUGAGAUACUCUGUCAUUUGAGGUCAGCAGAACCUGAGCAGAUGCUCUCAUUUCUGCAAGUGCAAUAAACACAAUUAAACCUUUAAUUGAUGCACUUGUAAAUGCAAACAGCAGUUUCAUUCCUAUGUGGGGGAAAUAAGCAGUCUCCUUUACCGAGAUCAUUUGAAGGUAAUCCCAAGACUUGAAAGUAUGUGGUCAAAGAGUGAAAGAACCCUUGUGAAUGGAUACAUUUGCAAUCCUGGACAAAUAAUGAAAGAGAUGGAAAAACUGGUGUCUCUGAAAUACCACCUUUCUUUCCUCGCUUCCCCUUUUUAAGUGACAGUGACAAUCAGUGAUGUUCUUCAGGCACACUGCCAACAAACUUUCUCCAAAUUUCUCAUUAACAAGUGAAAGUAUUUAUUGUGCAUUUCUUCCAAGUCAGGAGUAAGGGAAGUAGUACUAAUAAAGUGAAUGCAUGAUGAAGGGGAAGCUCUCUAGGUCUUCUCCUCAAGUAAUGGAAGCUGGGGGUCUGCACCACGGCACUCCGAGGGAAAUUGGUCAAGUAGAACAGUGUGAGGUGAUAUUUGUGUCUGCUUUCACAUUUUAUGCAAUUUGUAGCAAAUGUUGUGAGAUGUGUCAGUGAAAGAGGUGUGAGUGUUCUGUGCAUGAACUGGGGUUGCCUUGGGGCUGUAAAGACGUCAAGAUUAAAGUAGGAUGAUUUAUUAUUAUAUAAAUAUGUGUGAAUGCAAUAGCAUGUUGAACUCAGCCUUAAUGAAAACAUGUUAUGAUUUAUUUUUUUUAUUUUCUAUUUUACUUUAGAAGCACAAUUAUACUAAGGGUUAGGACUGGAUAAUUAGAAAUGUUAUGUAUUGCACUCAUUUUGUGCCAUCAAAUAACAUUCUAUUUACUAUAGUAAUAUCUUCCAUUUUAUAUAGAGCUGCACUUUUCCAUGUAAUAGAGAUUUAUGGAAUUUCUCAUUUAAGAAGUGUUCUAGGAUCUGUCUUGCUCAGCCCUAAAGCCAGUCAUUCAUGCACCUAGGAAGUACAAUUAGUCUGUUUUCAUAUAAGGGGUUGCUGGUUCAGAACUGCACUGAUCAGAGCCCACAUGUGGAAUCAGAAAUCCUGUGCUCAGACUGAACUCGAAUAGGCUUUGCUGCUUUCUCUUGCAGUAGGUGUAUGUUGCUGUCUCACCAAUCUCUGUGGAGUCAGCUGAGUUCUGAUGGUAUUAAAAUGACUCUUGAAUGUUCCUUCAGAUAUAUCUCAGUUUUCAUCUCUGUAAGAUUU